AUGUGUCCAGACUUUCCGGGCGUCCAAAAAUCUAGACACACUUUUCAUACAAAGCCAAAUAAAAUGUGUCCCGACUUUCCGGGCCCGCAUAAAAUGUGUCCAGACUUUCCGGGCGUCCAAACAUCUAGACACACUUUUCAUACAAAGCCAAAUAAAAUGUGUCCCGACUUUCCGGGCCCGCAUAAAAUGUGUCCAGACUUUCCGGGCGUCCAAAAAUCUAGACACACUUUUCAUACAAAGCCAAAUAAAAUGUGUCCCGACUUUCCGGGCCCGCAUAAAAUGUGUCCAGACUUUCCGGGCGUCCAAAAAUCUAGACACACUUUUCAUACAAAGCCAAAUAAAAUGUGUCCCGACUUUCCGGGCCCGCAUAAAAUGUGUCCAGACUUUCCGGGCGUCCAAAAAUCUAGACACACUUUUCAUACAAAGCCAAAUAAAAUGUGUCCCGACUUUCCGGGCGUAAGAGUGUCCAAAAAUCUGGACACAUUUUUCAUACAUAGCCGCAUAAAAUGUGUCCAGACUUUCCGGGCGUCCAAAAAUCUAGACACACUUUUCAUACAAAGCCAAAUAAAAUGUGUCCCGACUUUCCGGGCGUAA